UGUACCUAACUCAGAUUCGUAGUAUUUACUUUUGUUGUUUUUUAAAGUUAAAUAAUUUAAUGUACUUUAGUUUUGCGGAGGCGGAGAAAACCGUAUUUUUAGUAUACAUUUAAGAAAGUAACCAUUGAAAUAGUUGAAUAGAGCUGUCACCCAAACAGUUAAAUAAAUAGUUAAAAUAAAACUAAUUCUCAGAGAAGUGAUAAUGAAGAUCAUUCAGUGUUGUAUAAUUUUUAUUCUUUUAAAAGUGAUUAGUGCUAAAAUAAAGAUUGACAUCACAGCGGGGUCUAAUCCCAAAGAUGUCGUUGUUAAAUAUUCAGGUGCAGACUUGAAAGUUGUCACGGAUCAUGAGAUUAAUCUAUUCAGAAUCAACGAUCGCAAUUUAAAGGAGGCUCUAAAGAAACGUUACGGCACGAAACCCACAAACGUUUACGUAAAAAGUCCCACACCGUGGGGUGAUCUGUACAAGAAAAAUUAUUGGGAACAAGUCACUAGAGUUCUAACAGUAAAAUCAGCGACAGUCAAGACCGCUUCCAUGAGGCCUGAAAUCGUUACCUCGCAUGUUUUCGAGAACUUCUCCAACAAAACUAUAAAAGUGAACACUGCUAUAAGCCAGACUGUUGAGAACACGGUUUCAAGCAGCUGGUCCAAGUUCAAUGAACUCACUGUGAGUCAGGAAAUCGAAUAUGAUGUGAACGUCGUUUUUGAGAAAAUUACCGCUCGAAUGGGAAUUUCUUACACUUCAAGUUGGGGUAAGAGCGAAGAAAUAUCUGAGGCAGUCACGAUUGGUUCUAGUACUUCAAUGGAAACCAAGCUAGCGCCUGGAGAAGCAGUCACCAGUGUUCUAUCAGCUAACAGGGGAGCGAUGGAAAUAGAAGUGAUAUACAAAGCUUCACUGAAAGGCAAUGUAGCUGUCAAUUACAAACGGAAGGUGAACGGCCAUCACUUCUUGGGACCCACGAUACAAGACGUUAUGGGAAAUGGUAAUUUGAGCAACGAAAAGACGUAUAUUCAGACUAUUAAGGUUGGAUUCUAUUCCGAGGCAACAUUGAAGGUGUAUGACAAAGUGACGGGAAAGCCAAUAUAAAGUCAAGCUAUAUGUUUAUUUUGUUUACAAACGGUUUUCGAUUUUAUAGUCUAAAGAAAAGCAAAAUGUGUUUAAAAAUCCUGGUUAGAUUAAUUUUAGUUAUAUGUUCACACUAGCGGCGCGCCCUCGCUUUGCUUCGGUGUAGAGCUGUAGUGUAGACUAUAGUUUUUGUUCAAAGGCUUUGACAAAGUUUCAUACAAAUUUUCAUUCCCUAUUUUAUCCCCUUAGGGGUAGAAUUGAUCAAAAUCCUUUCUUAGCGGAUGCCUACGUCAUAACAUCUACCUGCAUGCCAAAUUUCAGCCCGAUCCGUCCAGUGGUUUGGGCUGUGCGUUGAUAGAUCACUAUGUCAGUCAGUCCUUUGAGUUUUAUAUAUAUAGAUAACAAGUAUAAAUUAAGUAUACACAUUUUUAAGAAAAGAAAGACAAAAUAUGUAGUUAAAAUAAAUGUAUUGUAGGUAAAUGUAAUUUUUCUCAAAACUGCCGUGUCAUAUUUUGAUGCCCCUUCGUAUUGAAGUGUAGUUGAAGUAGGUACUCCUAUACUACAUUAAUACCACAACGGUAUCGGUAUUGGUACUUGGACCACUUUCGCCUAGUCUUCUUUAUGAAAUAAUUAUAAUAAAUAAGUAAGUACAUUAAGAAAUUAACGAGAUUUGGAAUAAAACUUAAUCACUUUUCAAUAAAGAAUAAUGAAGCGCAGUAAAUUAAAGCAAUCCGGACAUAGGUACCUACCUAGUUUAUCACGAACCAGACUUAGGUCAAGGCAAAUGUUACUGAUAAAUCAAUCUACUAAAUGAACUGUCUCAUGUCUGAAAACUUACGCAACAAAGGCUCAUCUUGAGCUGGUCUAUUAGACGAAAUAGCAUCAUUUGAGAUACUGACUUUGUCAAUUGUUCAUGUGUAUUCGGCCUUAUGGGCUAAUGAGGGCCGAUUGUACCACGCACGCACGAAUAUAACAUCGGUUCGUUUAAAUUUACUGACUUAUAUACCGUAUAAUUAAAUACAAUAGUCCGCUUUCUUUCAGAUUAUUUUUAUACAUAUAGCUGUAAUAGACUAGAAAACUAAAUAAUUCAAAGUUUGGAAACGCUGCUCUAUGAUAUUGCGUAUCUGCUCUGAUAUUUUUUAUUUUUGAAAGUCUGUUUCUCCUAUUUUUCAAAGAUAAGAAAAAAACAUACUUACUACAUAAUUGCAAUUUCUAUUAGACUUAGCUAUUCUACUCAGAGUAUCGAAAACAUUUUUUUAUUUAAAAA